AUGGGGGUUGUGGUUGGAUUCGUAGAAAGGGCGGAGAGGAUGAGCGGAGGGAGACAGAGUGGGAGACUAGGAGAGGGGAGCAGCAGGGCGCGAGGCAGUGAGGGGGACGAGGGGUUGGCAGAGGGGCCUUGGGAAGUGCAUGAAAGGAAGAAAGUGCGAGCGAGUGUAGAGCAGAAGGGGGGGCGUGUGGGUGAGGAGAAGAAUGGGGUGCGUGUGAGUGCGGGCGUGGAUGUGGAGGAGAAGGUACGGCUGGACGAAGGAGCAGCGGGUGGCAGUGUGAGGCAGGUGCUGCAUGCAUGGCGCUGUGCGGUCAUGGCUGGCAAUGGCGCUGGGGAAGGGUUGGAAGAGGGGGAAGUGGGAGAAUGGCGUGAAGGUGAUUGUGCCACUGUUGGUCUGAGCGUGCCUGAUGGAGACGCUGCGUUGAAGGUAGGUGAUGUGGAUAACGUGGCAGCCAAUGGUGUGGGUGAGGUGGCAACCAAUGGUGUGGGUGCCGUGGCAGCCAUUGGUGUGGGUGACGUGGCAGCCAAUGGUGUGGGUGACGUGGCAGCCAUUGGUGUGGGUGACGUGGCAGCCAAUGGUGUGGGUGACAUCCAUGGGAGGGAAGGCGAGGAGGAUCCUAUGGAGGUGGAUGGUGAGUGCGAGGAGGCGGUGUGUGCAGGGGUGCAGCCGUGCAUGGGGGAGCAGUGUGAGCUUGAUCAGCACAAGGUUGUUUUGCAAGGAGAAGGGGCACAUGCAGGUGCGAGCAGCAGUGUGGACGGUGGUGCCUCAGAGAUCGCAGCGCUGUCGAGCAGGGGUGAGGAGAGAGGUGGCACAUGUGGAGUGGCCGCAGUGCAAGGUGUGCGCAAGGCACAGGGGGGAGAACAGCGAGUGUCCGUGAAGCAGCGGCUGUGCGUGCCCGUCAAGUAUGAUGAUGUGCCCGGCACAGUAGGGGAAGUGGUGGAAGGCUCUUCUUCCCGGCCCGACACCUCCAACCAAGCAAAUUGUCCACGACACACUCGCACCAGUGGACAUGCCACAUGA